AUGAAGCUGUUAGGUCUCAGCAUCCUGCGCAAAGAGAAGCCCAACGCAGUGCUGCUCAACAUGUCCUCCUUCGGCUUCUUCCAGAGGUUCAAUGUUCAGGAGACUAUGUGUGCCCUCUAUGUGUGGCACGCCAGUCUUGCAGAAAUGGUUGUAAUGAACAGUGACUAUUCAUUCCAUGCGGCUGUGGCCUUGCCAGAGAAGGUACUAGAUGAAUUCUCCAAGCAGGUCGACAAGACAGAGUGGCCAGUUGGAUCCCUUGCUACCGUCCUAGAUGGUUACCUCAGGAGAUCCCAGAACCUUGGAGAAACUGACCCCGUGUCUAAGGCAUGGGCUGAGCUGGAGGCAACCAAAAUCGUUCUGCACAACACCACGGAGCCUCUGUUAGAGCAAGGGGAGAAGCUAGAUGAACUGGUGUCCAAAUCCGAAGUGUUAGAAACAGUCUAA